AUUAUUCAAAAUAUGAGGGAUCUCUUUGUAAUUUUACCCUAUCUCAGGCACCGUAGUUUAGCGCGCGAAUACUCGUCCAAUUCGACCCAAAUACUUGUACAUCACAGUUCGUCGAUUCAGCGUAUACCACCGAUUCAGAGGAGUGGAGAAACGGGAGAAAAUGGGCGUGGAAAAAAUGGACUGCACAAAUUGGGAUGAAGAUUCGUACAGAGACGGCAUUCUACAAGAAAGAGAAACUCUUUCCCGGACCGUUUUCCGGACCGCCUUCGCCCCAAACCCUAACCCUAAUCCCAAUUCCGACCACAUCAUCACCGCCUCAAGCGAUGGCUCCAUUGCCUCUUACUCCAUUUCCGCCUGCCUCGAGAUGGGUUGUGGAAGCGCGAGGGGUCGAAAUUGGUUAAUGGCAGAACCACAGUUUUUGAUCCAAGGGCACGAUGGGCCAGCUUAUGAUGUUAAAUUUUACGAUGAUUCGUUGUUGUUGAGUUGUGGUGAUGAUGGUCGGAUUCGAGGAUGGAAAUGGAACGAACUUUUAGGAAGUGAGGUGUCCAUGGAAGGAGCCAAGAUGAAGCCAAUACUUGACUUGGUGAAUCCUCAACAUAAGGGUCCUUGGGGUGCUCUCUCACCAAUUCCGGAAAAUAAUUCUAUUGCAGUUGAUUCUCAGAGUGGAUCUAUAUAUGCUGCUGCUGGUGAUUCUUGUGCCUAUUGCUGGGAUAUGGAGAAAUGCGAGGUCAAGACGGUUUUUAAAGGGCACUCAAACUAUAUACAUUCCAUCGUUUCCUGCAAAUUAAGCAAUCAGAUUAUCACUGGUUCAGAAGAUGGUACCGCACGCAUAUGGGAUUGCAAAAGUGCGAAGUGUAUCCAAGUAAUUGAUCCAGGAAAGGAUGACAAGAAAGUAUCUUUUCCAUCUGCUGUCAGUUGCAUUGCUCUUGAUUCAAGUGAGAGCUGGUUGGUUUGUGGAAAGGGUCAGUUCUUAUCAGUUUGGAAUCUUCCUGCUCGUGAAUGCGUUUCAAUGACCAAAACUAAUGCUUCGGUCCAAGAUGUUAUAUUCGAUAAUAAUCAAAUUCUAGCUGUUGGAGCAGAACCAUUACUUACGCGAUUAAACAUGAACGGGGAUAUACUCUCGCAGAUUCAGUGCGCUCCUCAAUCUGCGUUUUCCCUUUCCUUGCAUCCUUCAGGGGUAACAGCUGUAUCUGGUUACGGAGCACUUGUGGACAUAAUCUCGCAGUUUGGGAGCCACUCGUGUACAUUUCGAUGCAGAGGCUUAUAAGUUAUAAGUUGAGCAUUUAUUUAAUUCUGCGAGUAUAUUUUCGAGUUUUUGGCAACUGUUGUUGCUGUUUGGUUCAAAACUUCGAAUAUGGUAAAAGAUGUAUUGUCUUAAUUCUUGAGUCACGUUUGCUAAGGCUAGUCUUCUAUUGUACU